AUGGCGAGUUCAAUGUUGACACGUGUCAAAUUAUCCCUUGCAGAUAUUCCUGUAAAACGACUCAUCGUUUGUCUUGGAUGUGGUGAUUAUCAGAAAAAUGAGGCGCGCGGGGCGCUAGGCAACCGUGUAGCACAACAAAUUCUUGGCACAUGUGCUCCCGCUCCAAGUGACAUACACAACCCUGAUAAGAAUCGCCUCCACGCCCGGAAUGCUCAUGGACGGGCUCGUCAGAACCACUGCUACCAUAGAGGAGAACGAUUUUUUAGGGGGAUGGCAGUCAAUGGACUUGUUCGGAGUCGUGGUAGCAUACGGAGUCCACAGGUAUGGGAUUCGGAGCCUGUGGUGGACUACAUGGGCCUAUGGUGCGAUAGGCUUCUGCUUGGGGAACAUACCAACCCGUCUCGUUGUGCCCUGCUGGAGCCGCGGGCGCCAUUUGUAAUGGUUGGAGAGUCUCUGGAGCGGGUACUUUUGGCACAUCGCAAUUUUCAAGGCGCUGAUAUUCUUUUUGUUUUUGCUAGUUCCUGCUUUCCUUUUGGUGCGCUGCGCCUCGUUUCCUUCAAUGAUGCUUUGCUGAACAUUCCGCGUGGUGGCCCGUCGGUCUAUCAACAUAAUUCCAUUGGCACAAUAUUGAACCGGUUGGCAUUGUCAUCAGAUGAGGCUUCAGCUAUUGUGAUGGGAGUGGGUGACACUCAUGGCCUCCUUGUCUCAUUGACAGCAGAGGAGAGAGCGAUGUGUGAAAGCCGCAUAUUGCCACUCGUCAGCUUUGCCGCUGCUCUGUGGACGGUGAACCCGGCGAAGGCAAGAGAGUAUCUCCAAAGCAACCCCAAGGAUAAUAUGAGGUUGUGGCGAACAAUGCAAUCGUCCAUGUUGUCCACGCGGGACACGGCGGUGCUACGCGCUUACGAGAGCGGCAGGCCGCUGGAUGCGCGGAUAAGUCAGCGCCAGACUAUUUAUUUGGCGGAGACACUUUUGUCGCGUUUAUUUCCAGACGACGCCGAGCGCUGA